CGGGCUGCCCCCUCCCGCCAGGCCCUGCUGGACCAGGCACCGUCUUCUCCUCCCUGUCACCCGCGGUAGCCUGGGGCGGGGAUCGGUGCCCCGAAGCGCUAAGCCUGAGGCGACCCCCCCUUUGUCCCCCCCCCCCAUCUCCCACCGCCCAGUCCCUGGCAGCGAUGAGACAGAGCGGCGCCUCCCAGCCCCUGCUGAUCAACAUGUACCUGCCAGAUCCCGUCGGAGACGGUCUCUUCAAGGAAGGGAAGAGCCCGAGCUGGGGGCCGCUGAGCCCAGCGGUGCAGAAAGGCAGCGGGCAGAUCCAGCUGUGGCAGUUCCUGCUGGAGCUGCUGGCCGACCGCGCGAACGCCGGCUGCAUCGCGUGGGAAGGCGGCCACGGCGAGUUCAAGCUCACGGACCCGGACGAGGUGGCGCGGCGCUGGGGCGAGCGCAAGAGCAAGCCCAACAUGAACUACGACAAGCUGAGCCGCGCGCUGCGCUACUACUACGACAAGAACAUCAUGAGCAAGGUGCACGGCAAGCGCUACGCCUACCGCUUCGACUUCCAGGGCCUGGCGCAGGCCUGCCAGCCGCCGCCCGCGCACGCCCACGCCGCCGCCGCCGCCGCCGCCGCCGCCGCCGCCGCGGCCGCCGCCACCACCGCCACCCCGGACGGCGCGCUCUACAAGCUGCCCGCCGGCCUCGCGCCGCUGCCCUUCCCCGGCCUCUCCAAACUCAACCUCAUGGCCGCCUCGGCCGGCGUCGCGCCCACCGGAUUCUCCUACUGGCCCGGCCCCAAUCCCGCCGCCACCGCCGCCGCCGCCGCCACCGCCGCCCUCUACCCCAGCCCGGGUUUGCAGCCCCCGCCCGGGCCCUUCGGCGCGGUGGCCGCUGCCUCGCACUUGGGGGGCCAUUACCACUAG